AAGUUUCUCGUGUUUGAACCUCCUUCCUUUCGCUCAGCAAGAUGGCGGAGUACGACCUCACCGCCAAAAUCGCCCACUUUUUGGACCGUCACCUCGUUUUCCCUUUGCUGGAAUUCCUUUCUGUCAAAGAGAUAUACAAUGAGAAAGAGCUCCUUCAUGGUAAACUGGACCUCCUUAGUGACACCAACAUGGUGGACUUUGCCAUGGAUGUGUACAAAAACCUGUAUCUUGACAAGGAGAUUCCAAACUCCCUGCGAGAGAAGAGGACUGCAGUUGUGGCUCAGCUGAAGCAGCUUCAGGCAGAGACUGAGCCCAUUGUUAAGAUGUUUGAGGAUCCGGAGACCACCAGGCAGAUGCAGUCCACUCGGGAUGGGCGGAUGCUCUUCGACUACUUGGCUGAGAAGCACGGUUUCCGGCAGGAGUACUUGGACACCCUGUACCGCUACGCCAAGUUUCAGUACGAGUGCGGGAACUACUCGGGGGCCGCGGAGUACCUCUACUUCUUCCGCGUCCUGGUUCCCGCGGCCGACAGGAACGCCCUCAGUUCGCUGUGGGGGAAGCUGGCCUCCGAGAUCCUGAUGCAGAACUGGGAGGCAGCCAUGGAAGACCUGGGCCGGCUGAGGGAGACUGUCGAUAACAAUUCGGUGAGCUCCCCUCUCCAGUCGCUCCAGCAGAGAACCUGGCUCAUCCACUGGUCUCUCUUUGUGUUCUUCAACCACCCCAAAGGCCGGGACAACAUCAUUGAGCUCUUCCUGUACCAGCCACAGUACCUCAACGCCAUCCAGACCAUGUGUCCACACAUACUGCGCUACCUGACCACGGCGGUCAUCACCAACAAGGACGUGCGCAAACGCAGACAGGUCCUGAAGGAUCUGGUCAAGGUCAUCCAGCAGGAGUCCUACACGUACAAGGAUCCGAUCACGGAGUUUGUGGAGUGCCUCUAUGUCAACUUUGACUUCGACAGCGCGCAGAGGAAGCUGAGGGAAUGUGAGUCGGUCUUGGUGAAUGACUUCUUCCUCGUGGCCUGCCUGGAGGACUUCAUCGAAAACGCCCGGCUCUUCAUUUUCGAGACCUUCUGCCGGAUUCAUCAGUGCAUCAGUAUCGGCAUGCUGGCGGACAAGCUGAACAUGACACCCGAGGAGGCUGAGAGGUGGAUCGUCAUCAUCCGCAACGCCAGGCUGGAUGCAAAAAUAGACUCUAAACUGGGACACGUGGUGAUGGGAAACAACGCGGUAUCGCCCUACCAGCAGGUCAUCGAGAAGACCAAGAGCCUCUCCUUCCGGAGCCAAAUGCUGGCCGUGAACAUCGAGAAGAAGCUGAGCCACAGUAACAGAAACGAGACACCAAACUGGGCGACCCAAGAUUCUGGUUUUUAUUAAGUCGAUGUAGAAGGACCGCCGAUUAAAUUCCUCUCAAACUGCGUCCUGGAGCUGCAAAUAAAAAAUGUAUUUUGCAAUUUAUUAAAGCCCUGUGGUUUAAUAAAUCCCUGCAGAAGCUU